GGACACGCGGGAUCAGUAGCUUGGUCUAAGGAGCAGCGUGUGUGUGUGUGUGUGUGGGACUGGGAGAGAUUUUAGAGUGAGGGAAAGGCUCGCCAUGACUUCUCAAACCCAUUCUGAGUCUCAAGAUCAAACCUUGCUUUCAAAAAACCCUGAUUUUCUUCAACACGGUGACCCCCACGUUGACUCACUUUCCCAAUCUCAAUCCUCUACAACCCUAACCCUAGAAUCGCCAAUUUCCUCCUACCCAGAUCGCCAUCAGAGCCACCAAGAUCCUGGAAAUCGCCAAAACCCUCUUGAUCUUGAUAAAAACGACGACGAAGACGACGACCCAGAAGAUCUUUCGGCCCCAUCUCCUCGAACCAGCGAGUCCUCUCGGGCGGUCACUGCCUUAGCUUCACCCGGCAUUACCUCUGUCUAUCGCCGCGGUACGAAGCGAAAGAAGAUGGGUAAUAAGAGAAGAGCAGCUCAGGAGAAGAAGUCCUUGCAGAAGCUUGAAGUUCUUAAAGAAUCCCUUAAGCCCAUUCCCUUUGUGCCCGUAAAAAGUCUGGACUUUUCGAGUCACGAGAAGCUUUUGAAGCGGCUUGGCUUGUGGGAUUUCGUUCAUAUGGAGUUUGAUCGGUUUAUACGAGCCGAUUUGCUUGCUCAAUUGAUUGCGAACUUCAAUCAUCCCCAGCGAUGUAGCUAUGUCAAUGGGGUUCGAGUUUUGGUUAACCGGGCCGAUUUGGCGCGUGCUUUGAAGCUUCCGGUGAGAAAGUUAGCAGUAUCGGAUGGAGGCGAGGCGAAGCCGGCAGCGACUGAGGAAUCAAUUGGGUUCCUUGAGAAUUUCGUGUCCAAUUGGCUUCUGUUACAUGACGAUACAUGGAUGAUGCCAAAUGAGAUCUUGAAUUGGACGAAAGCUAUUAAAGAUGGGAGCUUUGAGAAAGUGGACUGGGCUGGAAUGAUAUGGUUCAUGAUCGAGAAGGAGUUGAUGCAGGCGCCAGUGCUCUCUGAUUGUUACUACGCCUCUCACUUGCAGCGCCUGAUAAAAUCACAGCGCGAAGAGUUGCUUUUGAGUGAACAGCCUAAGGUUGAGAUUGAUUUGAAGGAGGAUGUGGUUGCUAUAAAGGAGGAAGAGGGGGAUCACAAAGGGGACGUCAAAAUGUCUGGGGAAGGUGAGGGGGAUCACAAAGGGGACGUCAAAAUGCCUGGGGAAGGUGAGGGGGAUCACAAAGGGGACGUCAAAAUGCCUGGGGAAGGUGAGGGGGAUCACAAAGAGGACGUCAAAAUGCCUGGGGAAGGUGAGGGGGAUCACAAAGAGGACGUCAAAAUGCCUGGGGAAGGUGAGGGGGGUCACAAAGAGGACGUCAAAAUGCCUGGGGAAGGUGAGGGGGAUCACAAAGAGGACGUCAAAAUGUCUGGGGAAGGUGAGGGGGAUCACAAAGAGGACGUCAAAAUGUCUGGGGAAGGUGAGGGGGAUCACAAAGAGGACGUCAAAAUGUCUGGGGAAGGUGAGGGGGAUCACAAAGAGGACGUCAAAAUGUCUGGGGAAGGUGAUUUGUGUGGCCAAGGAUUGGAGGAGCGUGGCCAAGAAUUAGAGGAAAGCGGUCAUGAAUUACAGGAACAGGGCCAUGAAGUGAGGGAAAGUCAAGUAUUGGAAGAAAGCAUCCAAGUAUUGGAAGAAAGCUGCCAAGUAUUGGAAGAAAGAGGCCAUGAAUUAGAGGAACACAACAUUGAAUUGAGUCUUGGGCAGGAUAAUAUGGCUGAGAAAGCUGAUGCUGAAAAGGAACAAGUUGCAGAUGUAAGCAUAAUGGAUUUUGAGGGAUGUAAGGAAGAGGAGCCUGGUCAAUGGUUUAUGGGUGGGAAGAACAAUAUGAGUGAGUUUUUGAGGCAAUGUAAUAACAGUGAACGUAAGGAGGAGUUGGAUGUUGAGGAUGAAGGGAAACAUGAAGCAUAUGAUUUAGAAAUAGGACAAGAGGAAGAACAUCAAGAUGUUGUGGAGCCGGAAGAGGAGGAGGAGGAGGAGGAGGAGGAGGAAGAGAUGGAGGAGCAAGGAGAGCAGGAUGGCUGUUUUCACUUUUCGCCAAAAAUCAUGGGAAUGGAUGGUUUGCCUUCAGGAAGCCUCAUUCAAUCAAUGGAAGCAGCUGAUAUAAGUCUUAAUUCAGGGAUGCCACUCCGUGACCCUUUAGCAGGGGAUUUUCUUCCUCCUAGAGAUGAUACUCCAAUGACAUCGCAUUUUGGAAAUGGUAGCAAGAGGGAGCUUGGAAUGAUGAAUGAUAGCUCUCAUCACCCGCACAAUGCGAAUAAGCGCUUGAGGAUGGAUAGUUCUUGGGAUGAUAGUAAGUCAUCGUCUGAUGCCAGUAGUUAUUUGGAUCAAAUGAUUCAGUUAUCGGUAAAAGUAAAGGGUGUUUGUGCUGAAAAGGAGCAGGCCCUUCAGGAGGCUAACAUGAACGCUCAGAUAUUAAUGGAUGAGGUGCAGAAGCGGGAAAACAUAAUUGUACACAUAAAUAAAGCCAAUUAUGAGGAGGAACAUAAGAAACAAAUGGAGAUUUAUCGGCUUGAACGAGAGCUAUAUCUAAUGAGCAAUCUUGUGGAUGGUUAUAAGAAGGCUCUUAAGGAAACACAUAGAGCUUUUGCUGAGUACAGAGAACGCUGUCCACAGCUUGAUGAGCCGCUUUAUAAGGAUGUAGCUGGGUCUGGUGGUCUUGUUAUAAGCACCAUAGAACUGGAGAAGCAGCGUCUCAAACGUGAAGAAGAAGAGAGAAGGAUCAGGAUGGAAGUUGAGAGGAGGAUUAAUGACUUUGAAGAAUGGUGGUCUUGCAAGUUCGCAAGAAAUGUUGAGAGUUUUGAUGAAGUGGCCAACAAGUUGUUGAAUUUAGAGCAUGAAAUGAAACUCCUUAAGGAAUCUUUUGCAAGCCGCAGGAUGUCAGAAACAUCAGAACCUGCUAGGAAUGGCUUGGAACCUGUUCUAAAUGACUCGGAACUUGCUCAAAAAGUCUCGGAAUCUGCUCAAGAAGACUCAGAACUUGCUCUAGAAUCUGCUCAAAAGGGCUCAGAUCUUACUCCAGAAUCUGCUAUAAAGGGCUCAGAGCCUGCUCCAGAAUCUGCUCAAAGGGACUCGGAACCUGCUUCAGAAGCUGUUCAAAUGGACUCAGAACUUGCUCUAGAGGACAUGGAACCUGCUCAAAAGGACUCAGAGCAUGCUCCAAUGGACACGGAGCCUGCUCAAAUUGAUUCAGAACUUGCUCUGGAACCUGCUCAAAAUGAGUCGUAAGCUGCAUUCUGAAUCUGCCAUUUUGGUAUCAGUGUAUAGAGAUGCACAUCUGUUAGUGGUAUGUCAAGUUAUCUAACUUAUUUCAUGUUUUGGUGCCGUUUGGCACAUUAUAUUCUGAUGUAGUCGUACAUGGUAAUAUAUCUUUAUGCUCGAGGACUGUUUGUUGCUCAAUAAGAAAAAUGAAAGAGGAAGUAGGAAUCUUUAA